GCGCUACUUACUAGCCAUUUUGUCACAACAUUAACCUAUUGUUGUGAUGUGUCUAUCUCGAAUGAGUUAUGUCUAUUUCAAUUUAAAUACACAAGCACUCAUAUUGAAACGUUCUACGAAUAAACAAAAGUGUGAACACAGAAUACGAGGUGAUCUGCAGUGUGAAAAUUGAAUAAACGACGCUACAAACGUCAAAUUUAUCGAAUAUUCGUUAUGCUCUCCUUUCCUUACCGCCGGAUGUUGACAUGAAUCAGUGAUGGCUCUCGAAUUUUGUGUCUUUCCAACUUUGUCGCAUACUAUCAGGUGUUGAAAUCGACGAAAUAGCAUUUUAUGGACUGAAAUGUGAUGUGUAAAGUGCAAUUUGACGAAUGAAUCCUUUUGGGUGACUUUAUAACAGUGCAGAAUGUUGGUAGUUACUGUUCGGUACAGUCAAAAUGGCCGUCGGAUUUCGAUGUUGUGUUCCGUGACGACAAAAUUCAAUGAUUAUUGUUGCUGACUAGGAUAUUCACAAGAAAAAAGAGAGCAACAUGUCUGAUCCAGAGGAAGUAUCACAAGAGGUGUGGAAUAGAUGGAUCCUGGAUGCUAUUGCUAAGAUACGUUCUCAAAAGCAACGUCCCUCUGUGGAACGAAUAUGUCACGCUAUAAGGCAGCACCACAACUACCACGAAGAUGUGAUCGGAGAGCAUCUGGAGAUUGCAGUCAGAAGUGGCACUAUACUGAAGGUAUUCAAUAAAGGGCAGAGCUCUUACAAGGACCCAAAUGGGAUGCAGAGCACCAGAACGCUCAACAUCGAGAACGGAGCAGAUCUGACAAAGGUGGUGGCUAAAGCUGUACGAGAGUUGGGAGAAAGGGAAGGUUCUUCACUCAAAUCCAUCGAAAGGUACCUCAGGCAGUCUCAUACAGUGGUGGAGACUCCGGAACACGACCUGAAGACUUUCCUGAGGCUGGCAACGAAGAGAGCGGUUGCCAGGAAUCUGAUCAUCCAAGAUGGUAAAUGUUUCAAGUACAACUGCAAGGUGAAACAGAGCCCCCAGGGUAAGAAGAGGAGGAAUUUGGAUGAUGAUGAGAAUGUUCCGAAGGGACCGACGUCGCUGCCGAUCUGCUCGGAAUGCCUGGGCACCGAAGCCAAAAACAAGAACGGCGUCGCCGAAAAGCUGAGCUCUUGCGAGGGAUGCGGCUCGCUCGUCCAUCUGACGUGCACCACGGCAGGUCCGGAGCUGGCCGCGCUCAUCUCGAAAGGGGGACGUUGGUUUUGCGAGGAGUGCAAGACCUGCGACGGAUGCGGUAACACCGGCGUAUCGACGUGUCUCCUCUGCUGUUGCGGCUGCGAGCGGAAGUACCACAUGGACUGUCUGGAUCCGCCCGCCGAGAAGAAGCCCAAGUGUCCUUGGAGGUGCAGGCAUUGCCUGGAGCAUCACGAUAACGGCAGGACGAGGCCGGAGAUCGCCAACAACGGAAAGAGAAGGUUGGAUAAGGUCAGAGAGAAGAAUAAGGAGAAGAAACAGAAGUUCGCCGGCACAGGGGCGCAGACGCCCAAAGGCGCGCAGCGCAAAACGACGAGGGAUACGGAUCGCACGUCGCAACCAUCCCUAUCGAGCGACGACAGCGACGACAACAACAGCGAUUACGAGGGUACGAUGUCCAAACCAACCACCACCACCACAUAUCACCCUCAACAGCCCCCCGCGCAACCGCCAUCCCAUCACGCUCCCACCAAACUCCCAACCCCCGCGAUAGAAACCGCCACAGAUCGCCUAGACACCUCCGACCGCAUGUCCAAGGAGAAACAGAAGUUCUUCCGGCUGUCGGCCUUCAACGCCGACAAAAAAAAGAACGAUAAACAGAAGGUGCAGAGUAAAACGAGCGAGGAAACUAAGAAAAAUUGCAAACAGAACGUAGACAAUAACGGCGUCGGUAGAAGGAACAACAACAACGCUAAAGAAAGCGUACAAAAUAAGGUCGCAACGCAACAAACCACGAAGAAUAACAACAAAAAAGAGUUUACGGAUGAUAAUAAUAAACAGAUAGAAACGAAAAAUUGCAGGAGAACUCAGAGGCACGUCGGUAACGACAAGGCCAAAUUGUGUCCGGUGUUGGACAGGAUCGAUCUGACGAAAAAGACGAAAAACGUCUACGACCUAUCGGAAUCUAGCACGGACGAGGAUAAGACGAAAGACGACAGUUCGUCGUCCAGUAGUUCCGAGUGCAGCAGUUCCAGUUCAAGCGACGACGACGAUUCGUCGUCGGCCAGCGAUUCGUCCGAAGACGAAGAUAAAAAGAGCCAGACUAGCGGCAUCAAGUUGCCCUCGAUGUUCAGCAGCAGGACCGGGGAGAAGACGGAAACCUUCGGCAGUAUCUGCGGCAUAAACGUGGACAAGGACGAACCGUGGGGUUUCGCCGCCGCCGCCGCCGCCAAAUUGAAAGACAAGAUCGAAACGCCCUUCGGGAAAUCCAAGGAGGCCGUCUCGGAGGUUAAGAAAGUCGUCGCGGAAAAAACGACGCAGAACAACGGAAACGCGGACAAGGGUAAGGGUCUCGGGCAACUCAAGGGACUCUUCGACGGGUUAUCGCAUCUAUUCGCCGCUCCCAGCGAGUCUAGGGCCAGUAGAUCGACGCCCAACUACAAUCCGACCAGGCGUAGGCCGAGGGAGGAGGACCAGCUCAAACCCGAAACCAGGGCCGCCUCCAGACCGGAACCCACCCGUAGAUCGAUCCAGGAAGAACCUCAGAAAACGUCCGUCAGAUCGAGACACAUAGACAAGGCCUGCUGCGAGAUCGAAGAGAUCAAGUCGAAAAAACAGAUGACGCCGUCUAACCUGGUCAAGACGGCCGUGAACUGCAAGAGGUUAGAGUCCGAAAAGAGGACGAGGCCGGUCAAGACGCUCGAGGAGUCGGACGGUGCGGUCGGACAGGGAUCUGCUACUGCGGCGGCGCUCAAAAAAUCGUCGGAGACCUCCGCUAGCCAGUGUGGAAUCGCAGGGCGUUCCAAAAAGCGGGACACGGCAAGCCAUAUCAGCUACCAGUUAACCCAGAUCGGCAACAAUCAGACGGAGGACAGACCGCCGCCACUGCCACCGGGAGUCAAUCAGAAGGACGUGGAUCUGUUCAAGGAGGCCCGAGAGAAGGCCAAUAAGAUAACGGUUAUCAACGAGGAAAAUAAUCCUCUGGCUUCGCCUUCAAUGGCCAUGGUAACGCAAGGAAGGUGUCCCGCGGCCAUCGAGUUCGGAAAAUACGAAAUAAGUACCUGGUAUUCGAGUCCGUUCCCCCAGGAAUACGCCCGUCUGCCCAAACUGUUCCUCUGCGAGUUCUGCCUGAAGUACACGAAGAGCAAAGCGGUCUUGGAACGGCACCAGGACAAGUGCACCUGGAGGCAUCCGCCGGGCACCGAGAUCUACCGCUGCUUGGACCUGUCGGUUUUCGAGGUGGACGGCAACGUGAACAAAAUAUACUGUCAGAACCUCUGCCUGUUGGCCAAACUGUUCCUCGACCACAAGACCCUCUACUACGACGUGGAACCGUUCCUGUUCUACGUGCUGACCAAGAACGACAAGAAGGGGUGUCAUCUCGUCGGUUACUUUUCGAAGGAGAAGCACUGUCAGCAGAAGUACAACGUCUCCUGCAUCAUGACGAUGCCGCAGUUCCAGAGGCAAGGCUUCGGCAGGUUCCUGAUCGAAUUCAGUUACCUAUUGUCGAAAGAAGAGGGACAACCCGGCACCCCCGAGAAACCCCUCUCCGAUCUGGGUCGGGUGUCCUAUCACGCCUACUGGAAAUCGGUGGUGCUCGAGUAUCUGGAUAAGCACAGGGACGCCAAGCUGAAACUCACCGACAUCAGCAGGGAAUCGGGCAUGUACUGUCACGACGUGGCCACCGCCUUGCAACUCCUCGGAUUCGUCAGACCCGAGCCGACGGACAAGGGCGUCGAAGUAGUCGUGAACGUCGAUUGGAAGAAGGUGGACGCGCACGCCGAACGCGUCCGAAACAGCAAGACGAGGAUAUUCAUCGACCCCGAAUGCCUGAGAUGGACGCCGCUGGUGACGAACGCGGUGAACCCCUUCAGGGACGACAAAUCGGACACGGAGAGGGAUAACAGCGUGCAAGAAACGGCCGACAUAAUCGUGCCCCAGCCGGAAAAGAUCAUAUUGGAGACGCCGGGCGUCAAACUGAAGAGGGGCAAGAAGAGGAAGAUGUCGUACGCGCCCAAAACGCCCAAGGCGCCGAAACCGGACCCCAGACCGCCGGCGGCCGCCGCUGCGGCUGAAAAAACGCCCGAGGAAGAGAUCGAACUGACCUCGUCCGGGAGGAAGAGGACGAGACCUCUCAAAUAUAACGAGACCACGUACGCGGACGUCAAGAGGGAGAACAAGAGGAGGAGGAACGACUCGUCGGCCACCGAGAAAGACUUGGAAGACGUCAGGAAGAGGUGCAAAACGGAAAUUCCGUCCAGAACUCCGAAACGCAACACGAUGAACAGCAACGCUGCUGCGGUUUUGGAGGAAACGCCCAAGACCGCGGACGAAGUCGUAUCGACGGGCGGUCGAAGAAGAAGAGGCGCUUUACAGGUAAAGGAGAAACCGGUCGGAGAGAGAUGGUCGCAAAGGAGGGCCAAGAAGUUAGAAUUAGAAGAAAAGGCCAAGGUGGAGAGUCAGUCCGAGAAAACGGAGGAAGAAACCGUAGAAGCACCCGAAGAACCGACCCAAAACAAUGAAGAGAAGGAAGAAGAUGAAUUGGAAGUUGACGAUAAACCCAAAGAAGAAGAAGAACUUUCAACGUCAACGCCACAAGUGAAGAAAAUGAGAAAGAUGAAGAAGAAACGCGGCUGGGUCAAGGGAAGACCGCGCGGUAUCAACAACACGACGACGACGAAACAGCUCACCUUGCCGGAAAUGAUGCUUGCCAAACAGAAAGAGAGCGAGAGCGAAUCUUUGAUAUCGGAAAAAUCCGACGAAGAAGAAGUCGCGCCCAAGGAGAAACCGACGUCCGAAAAACAAAUCGCCACGCCUGAAAAGGUGGAAACUGUUAGGUCGAAACCGUCCAAGGAGAAGAGGAAGAGCACGCCUAGGAUAUCGACCGAGGAGGAUUCUAGCGCGGAGGCCGACGACGAGAUGGAAAAAGACGAAUUGCCGCCCAAGGAAACCUUAUCGCCUGCCACGAAAUACAAACUGAAUAAAUUGAGUCCGACCAAAGAUAAAGAACUAAGAUCGCCGGUCAAGAGGGAAUCACCCACAACUGCCAAAGAAGAAACCGUCGAUUCGAUCCCAGCUGAAACUAAAGUUAAAACCAAGUCGCCCGUAUAUUCCACCACUUCGGAAUCGGAAACCGAGAUAGACGGUCAAAAGAUCAAGACGAUAUCCCAUAAAGAAAUCAUGAUGGACAUCGUCAAACAAUCUCCAUCCGUUGCAUCGUCCGCGGUCGCGCAACAAGCCAAAGAAGAAGUCAAAACGUCCCCGGUUCCGAUCAAAAACGAAGAACAAACUGAAAAAGUCGAGGUUGAAAAUAAACAAAAAGAAGUAGAAGUCGAAGCGGAAACGAAAUCGGACGUUAUGGAAAUCGAGAAGAAGGAGUGCAAAGUCGACGAAACAGUACCUGAAGAAGCGAACGAGAACGCGUCGACGCAACCGGUGGACAUGGAGAUCGAGCCGUGCUCGUCGAAGGAAACAAGUCCCGAACAGUCGGUCUUGGAAAACGCCUCGACGAAACAACCUGAAGAAAAACCCGAAGAAGUGAAAAGUACGGAUGCAAAUCCUCCUGUCGUUGUGAUCGAAGAUGAUUUACCAACACCUCCGCCUCAGUCGCAACCUACGGCACCGCCAGUGCAGCAGGUUCAAUCCCCGAUGCCACAACAGUUACCGCCGCAGAUUACACAAACGCAACAGGCGAACCAACCGCAACCGCAGUCGACGCAACCCACGAACCAAUCGCCGCAACCAAUUGCGCAUCAAACGCCGGUACAAGUUCCGCAACCUCCAGCGCAGCAUAAUCAACCGCAAGCGGCACAAGCCCAACAACCCAUUCCUCAGUUUUCACAACCGGCGAUGCCGCCAGUCCUCGUUCAACAGCAACAAAAACAGCAGCAGUUCGCGCCGCAACAGACGCAACCUCUAGUUUCGCAACAUAUUCCUCAAGUUCAAAAGAUCGAAGAGAGGCCUCCUGUCGAGAAGAGAGUCCAGGACGAAAGAGAAAAACAGAGAACCGAAACCGUCCCUCCGAAAGUGGACACGUCGAAAAACAAGAACGAACCUUCUUACUUCAAUGCUCCAAUGCAUCAACCGCAACAUAUGGCCUUCGGUCAACCGGAACACCCCCAUUCUGUCGCGCCCAUCAUGACUUCUAGCGCUACGCACGCGUCGACGCCCAUCAAUCCGGUAAUAUCUCAGCCGUUGCUUCCAGUGUCUCUUCCGCCCGUCCCGAUGUCUUCGCAGGCGGAGACCUAUCAUCAGAUGAAAGAACCUACCGUUCAAAACAAGCCGGAAAAAUCUCACCCUCAGCCUAAACCGACGGAAAAAGAUAACUCGAGGGAAAUGAAAGAAGCCUACCAACAUAGGCAACCAGUCGAACAUCACCACGUUCACCAGGACAGUAGGCAACAGACGGAACAGCAAAAAUACCAGUCGUCUUCCGCUAGACCCAGAGAAGAGCCUCAGAAGUCCCGACAGGAGGCUGCGCACAAGUCCAAGAGGGACGAGGAGAAGAGACACCACGCCAAAUCUCACGAAGAUAAGUCGGCGUACGACAAAACGAAGAUGCAGUUGGAGCAGGAGAAUCUCCUGGCCACUCAAUACGCCCAGUUCAACCAGUGGCAGUGGGAAAGGCUGGCCUGGGAGAAAGGCUAUCCUAUCACCGGCUACCAGAGUUAUCCGAUGUCUUUACAGUUCCCCCAUUUGGACAUGUUAUCGACGGCUACCGCCACCCCCAACACCAAACAGCAAGCGCCGGAAAAGGACAAAUCUAAAACGCACAGACACGAAUCGAAACACUCCCAACAGAGCGGUAGCGGCGCGAGCGGCAGGAAUAAAGAUAGAGAAAGAGACAAACAAUAUCCAAGAAAAGAGGAUAAAAACAAGAAAUCCGACCAGGAGCAGAACCGCCAUCAUACGGACCAAAGAUUAGACCACCAUACCGCCGUGGGAACGCACCAGUCCAAAACGAUGUCUUCCGAGAAGAACAAGGGUAAACAGGACAGGGAGGAUCCCAAGAACGACGCGGCGGACGCCCAUUCGUCCACGAAACACACCCCGCCCAUCCCGAACGCCCCGGAGAUCCCGUCGAUGGGCGUAUACACCCCCGAUUCGACCACCAAUUCCGUGCACAGUCUCCAUUACGGCCAGUGCGAUCUGGACGUCGCGCAGUUGAACCUGGAAUCGCCGGCCUCGAUAUCCAGCGAUAUGGCGUCGCAGAAUUCGGUAGAACCCAUAAGGCCGCCGUCGGAACUCACUGUGGCGCAUCAGCAGCAGCAACAACAGCAGCAGCAGCAGCAACAACAGCAGCAGCAGCAGCACGCCCCGCACAACUACGACUGCGCCGUUCAGCAUAACAUCCAGCAGGGCAACAUGCAGGUGCAGCAGGCCAGCAUACCGGCCUCCAGUCCGAACAUGGGCAGCGGGAUGCAGAUGCCGCAGCAGCAGCAGACCUCGAACAAGAGGAGCGGGGUCCAACAGCAGAGAAAUAGAUCUAGCACUCCCUCGAAGCAGCACAUGAGAGCCACCCCGCCGAGCGCCUCGCAACAACAGCACGCGGGAAGCUCCGCCAUACAGCAGAAUCGACAGAGGGCGACACCUCCGAACUCGCAACAACAGCAGCACUCUGCGAUGCAGCAGCAGGCCAGCCCGUCGGCGCAGAAUCAGUCGUUGCAGAGUUCCAUGCAACAGCAGAACGCCUCCCAGCAGUUGUCGCACGCGUCGCUCCACCACCAGGUGAUGCAUCAGGGUUACGGCCAUCAUCCGCAGCUCAGCGCGUCGCCGAUGCACCAGCAUCCUCAUCAUCACUCGGUGAUAUCCCAGUCGAAUUACAUACCGGCCAGUAGCAGUCAUCAGUUUCCGUCGCAGAGCAGUACGAACACUUACGUCAACGUGCCAAUGACCACAGUCAUACAACACCACCGGAUGAACCCGCAACAGACGGCGAUAAGUGCUUUGGCGGGUCUGGGAGGCACCCACCAGAAGUUGUCCGGUUCCCCGGCUUGCGCCGUUACGACAGGUGCCAACUUCUUCAUACAGACCAACAGCCACGGCCACGUUCACACCCCCGGUCCCAUACCAACCCCGACCCCCACGGCGUCGAUACAAGGAAAUUCCGGUCAAGGGGGAGGAGGUUCCGGCAACUCGAGUUGCAGCCUGGCCAAGCUCCAACAGCUCACCAACGGCCUCGACAUGAUCCCUCCGUCUUGCAACACCAUGACCCCGCCGCCCACGGCCAUGACCCUGACGCCCCCUCCCACCCAUCACUCCAUGACCCCGCCCCCCAGUCAUCAGAUGAUACAGAAUCAACACGUGAGAAACCUGUCCACCUCGCCGUCCGCCCUACCUCCGAACCUCCAGCAGCAGGUGUUGGGCUACCACAAGUACUACCAGACGAACAUGAACUCGAACCAGUUGGGCGGCGCGGUCACGCCCCCUAUCGGUCAGAACCUGGCCCGGUCGGGCAGGAACUCUUCGAACGUGGUGCAGCACAUGCAGACGCCCGCUAGUCGCGUGUCGCCCAACGUCACUCUGAACACCAACAUGAUGUACAACUCCCUGAACAAUUACCGCAUGGCGGCGCAGCAGGCGCCAGGGACAGUGACGGGCUACAUAACGAACACGGCGGCCGGUUUCAUCAGCAAUCCGCAGAUACCGAUGCAGAUGGGCGUGAUGAACAUGGCGCAGACGCAGUAUCAGGAUCCCGCGGCUAUACAGAGGGCCGCGCAACAGAACACCAUGUAUACCUACGGUUACAUCAACGGCGGUCUGAUGUCCCAGUUGAACGGUACGAUGAGACGAUAAACUUCGGCGUGAGACAGGGUGUUCAACCAGGGGUGCCCAUUAGGAGUUUACAUAAAAAAAUAUAUAUGUAAGUGAUUUGUUUUAGUGAGAAAGUAGGCCGAUAAACCUUUUUGAAAUGUUUCAUGAUGAAUCCUUGCAUCUGUCUAAUGUUUUCGUACAAAAUUUCAAACAGGUCCGGUAAACUUCUAUUGGGCAUUCCGGUGGGAGCACACCGUGUAGAUGAUGGAAUUGUAGAAAAAUAUUAUUUGUACACAUUAUCGGAUUGUGUGAACAUAAGUAGCAAAGGUGAUUGCACCAAUUUAAAGGACAUCAUUGAUUUUGAAAUAAAGAUUGAUAUUUGCUCGUGUUCACCGAUCUACGAAACCACUGUAAAUAAAACGAAUUAAAGCUCAAAAGACAAACGUAUUGUUAGAAUUAUAUUAAACCCUAAUCAUUCAUGUAUAUAAAAUACUCUCUUGAACUUUAAUUCGAUACUGUACAUUUUUCAAAAGCCGGUUUCAUUUUUUCGGUUGAAUCGUUUAUGAAAUUUGUAUUGCGGACAAAUCAUAUUUGGGACGUGGGAGACUUGUCCUGACAUAGUUUACCCCGAACCAAUGAUAAUAUUUGGCAUUUAUAACGAUGAACUGAUCGAUGAAAUUCUUGUAAAUAGGUAUUUUGCUUUAGUCUUUUUUAUAAUUGGUACGAUUCAGAUUUGAACAGCGUCGACUCGAAUGUGAGCUUAGUUGAAGUGAAAAUUUGCCUUAUCGAUGUUAAUCCACAUUGUAUGUAUUGGAAAAAUAGUUACGUUUAAACGAAACGGCUGUGCAAGCUUUUUUGUACAUAUUUUGGACGUUAGAUACGUUGAUUUCAGUGAUGCACUAUGAGAUUUGUUGAUUAUAUCCAGGUUACCUGGUUGAACUUGUUUUUCUUUUGUAUCUGGAUUCGGAUUGGUUCCGUAGCAUUAUUGUAACUCGUUUCGAAGAUGUUUAGAUUUUAGUAAGUUACAAAAGGAUGAUAUGAAUGUAAUCGGGAAUCCACGUUUGUAUGAUAUACUUUUAGCAUAUACCUACUUUUCAGAGUGAAAGUAUUUAUUUAUUUGAUACACAUUGUAAAUAUUUGUGAAUAGUUAUUAAAAAGAACUUAUAUAAAAUAUAGGGACAAGGUUUUAUCCAUUAUAGUUGAGAUUUUUCUAUUAUCUAUGUUCCAGCAAAUUUGUUUUUUUAUUAAUUUUUGAGGUAACAAAGGACAAAUUGAAGACUAGUUCUUAAUUUGUUUGUUUUGUAUAAUAGCACUUUAGAUUUGUUAGAAUGUUUUGUUUACCUCAGUUCUUUGUAUAUCACCAAUCCACACAAUAUAAAAGAUGUUAGUUUUCAAA